AUGUCCUGCUACGACCUGUGCCUGCCCUCCUCCUGCGGUCCCCGGCCACUGGCCACCAGCUGCAACCAGCCCUGCCUCCGCCGCUGCGGGGACUCCACCGCUGUCAUCCAGCCGCCCACCGUCGUGGUCACCCUGCCCGGGCCCAUCCUCAGCUCCUACCCGCAGAACACCGCAGUGGGCUCCACGGCGUCGGCGGCGGUCGGGAGCUACCUGCGGUGCUGCGGGAUCCCCGUGUGCUCCGGCGGGGCCCGGGGGCUGGGGAAGGCGGGGUUGCUGUGCCUGGGCAGCGGGCUGUAG